AUGUCAUCGAAAAUGGUGAAUAACCGUGAAGAAAGACCUGGAGGCGGGCCUGUGGUCAACAAGAUGCACUCAGCAUCCUCGUCAGUGACGAGCUUCAAAUCCUUACUGAAAAAGGAGAAGCACAAAUCCACUUCCUCAAGACAAGAUAUCGAGUCCCAGCCCAAACUCAAACUCUUCGAAAGUCCCCUCGCCCACGAACGACGAGUCUCCCCAUCCCCGUCCCCCAAACGACCAGUCUUCAUCGACAUCUCCGGCCCAACCGACCUCGCCGUCCGCUCCGCAACCAAAGAACGCAGCGAAUCCAUGCCCAACAUCUACGAUGAACGCUUCAUAUCCGAAAAAGGCCUUCAAACGCUACGAGGAAGCUACCAACAUCGAACUCUUUUAGACCUUUUCUUCGUCGCAAACCUCACCACUUUUACUGAUGUGCACGACAUCAACGAAGUUGCUGCCUUGAAAGCAUACGCGGGCUUCUUCUGCAUCCUCUGGUUCUUGUGGGCCCAAGUGGCGCUCUUCGACGUGCGUUUCGUUCAAGACUCGAUCCUCGAGAGAGUCGGGAAAGCAUGUCAAUUCGGAGUGAUGGUCGGGUUAGCGAUCGUGGGGCCAGAUUUCAAUCCAGAGAAACAGGAACAAGAUGUUUUUCGAAGCUUGGCAAUUAUCUUGAUGCUUUCGAGAGUGGUGCUUAGAUUUCAGUACUCUGUUGUGCUGCAUCAGGUUUGGUAUUAUAAGGAUACCAAGACGCCGCUGUUCUUGCUUGUGGCGGCGAAUUUUGUGGCUGCUUUUGUUUAUCUCGGGACUUUCUUUGGAUUCAAACCAGACACUCCACACAGUAAUGUAUUUGUUGUGUGGUAUGUUACAGCGGUGCUGGAGACGAUAGUCAAUAUUGCUGUGUCGUCGAGAUGGGAGGUUCUUACAUUCGCUGGGACACAUUUGAUCAAGAGAAUGAGUUUGCUUACGUUGAUUAUCUUGGGAGAAGGAAUCAUUGCUCUGUCAAAGAGCAUUGCAACGAUCACGGAGCAAGAAGAUGGCCUAUCCUCAACACUUCUGCUCACAAUCAUCAGCGCAGUUACAAUUAUUUACUUUAUCUACAUGAUUUACUUUGACUGGCUGAACAGCAGCCACUUUGGUUCCUUCCGUGAAGAUCUCUGGGCAUUCCUUCACUUCCCAUUUCAUCUCGCUCUCGUUCUCUUGAUGGAAGGAGCUGCGCAAUUCAUUCUUUGGAGGAAAGUCGUUGAGGUUGUGGCACAAGUCAACAACCUCUUCCUAGCCUCAGAAUCAACGUUCCCGUCGACCUCUACCUCCUCGCCGCUUCUAUCUUCUCUACUCUCAAACACAACAACACAAGUCUUCACCACCUUCGCACCUUCCUCCCCUUCAACCUUCACACAAGCCCAAUCUGCCCUCUCCUUAAUUGCCAACUCAACCUUCAACUCCAGUGCCCAACUGGACGCCAUCGGCACCCUCUUCGCCGUCAUCUCCGACUCGCUAUUUGAUAAUUUCAGCAUUGAUCCCCCAGAAAGUGGCAUGAUGAGCGGAACCGAAGAUCCAAAUGAAGUUUGGAGCAAAAAUAUGGGAGCCUUUAGGCUCGUUUUCAUCUAUUUCUUCCUAUCCUCAGGCCUAACACUCCUACUUCUCAACGCACUUCAGACCAUUUCCCGUCCUCAACCUGCCGAACCUGCUGUCAAACCAACAGGCAUGCAAACCAUCAGAAGAUUCGCAACACCAACAACCAUCUUGACGUUCUUGAUUGCUAUUGGUCAGCUCGCGGUUGCGAGUAUCGUUAAUACGGCGAAUGGAAUCGAGUUCGCGCAGAGCGUGUGGAUAUUGCCUAGUGUGGGGAUCGCGUUUGUGGGGUUGGGGGCUUUGGGGUAUGUUGGGUUUUAGGGUUUGUUGCUGUGUUGUUGAGUGAGGUGAGGGGCGGGUUGGAUAAGAUAGAAUAAUGGGAGAGGAGAUGGAGCGGAGGAACGAAAUCAUGAAUGAUGAAAAUCACGAUCUUUACAUAAUGUCUUAGAUAGACUACUACAGGGUAGAAUAGAGUACAU